UUUCCCUUUCCCGUUCGAAAAUCUAACGCCUACACAAUUAUCCUGUUUUUCAAAACAGAAAGUGCGAGAAACGUCGAGGAAUCUCAAUUCAAACAAUAAAGAAUAAAUUGGAGAAAAAGUUCUUAGCUAUGCUAUACCCUGUUUAAAAUAACAGAAUAUCAUCAGAUUACAUUAGUUUACAUGCAAUUUGAUCACACUCUAAUAUCUCGAACAGGGUAUUAUCUUCCCAGCAAACACAAAGUAACAGUUACUAACUGUAAGUUAAAAUUUCCUACUCAACAAUAUAACUGUUAUAUAACACGUACGUGUUAUGUAACUGUUACUUUUGUGUUUGCUGGGUUAAUUACACAUUUCCCGUAGUCGAAACUAGUGUGAGAGAGGAAACAAGGAAAUCAGAAACGUAGGAGGAAUCGACGAUAAACUCGAAACUUCCAGCAGGAAAGGGUUCCACUUUCCCUUUUUCUUUUCUUAUUCGCAACGGCAAUUUCGCGAAUGUCGAGCCGUUUCGUGCGAAUAAUCCAAUCGAUAGACGAGUCAUGGCACCGGGAGAAAUAUUGAUCAAAGCAGCCGCUUGGCCGCUGACAGUGUGCGUCCGUGGCGAUCGCGGGUAGUUAUGUGCGGAGGAACGCUCGUCGCACGAGCGUCGCGCACCCGGAACUCGGCGAAGCUGGGCUUCCUGCUGCUGCUCCUCUCGAUCGCACAUCUGCCGUUGCUGCGACACGCCGAUGCCAAGAUACUCGAGGGCGAGCUGAUAACAGACGAAAACUGGGCGUUCCUCGCGAGAUUCUGUUUUUUAACGGAGAGUGGUACUUUUCGGUAUCACUUCGAAUUGGGGGGCGAGGAACGUAGUCUGAACGUCCUGCUGUACUACGAUGGAGCGCACCAGUGGCCCACCGUCUAUCCUUCCAACAAGACAUGCUGGCAGAAGCAGAGUAUCCUCAACAUCGACUACGGUCAAAUAAUACCGUUGAACACGUCGCGGAGCUUGUUAUCGGGAUGCGUGGAGGGCGACAACGGCGUGGUGCAAUGCGACAGCCAGAGGAGAUUCAUCUCGGCCCGACCGCGAUGGUGGUUCAUAGUUUUAGCCGACUGCGCUUCCAAGAAAGGCCUCAACGUCACGUACUGGAUAUCGCUGACCAACGCGCCGACCGGCGCAUUCUGGAAGGAGCACUUCUCCGCGGACGAAUUCUACAUCCUGCCGCUGCUGAUACCGACCGUCUGCAUGUACAUGAUAUUCGCCGUCCUGAGUUUCUACAUAGCGCUGCAACUGCGCUCCAGGAGGCUGCUGCAUAUCUCCUACAAACUGUUCAUGGCCUCCCUGCUCUGUCAAUUAUUGGGGGUGUCGUGCGAGCUUUACAGCUACGUCAAUCUCGGCCUGAGAGGAGCGCCGGCGAUGGACGCUUAUCUGCUCGGCCUGCUCGCGGAGGCGUGCUCCGAGACCCUGUUCACAGUUCUCAUGCUGCUGCUCGCCCUCGGUUACACGGUUACCAGAAGCGUCCUCACGUCGUCGCAGGUCCGAUGGCUUGUGCUGUUUAUCGGUUUCACCGCCCUUUUUCAAUUGUCCCUGUUUGGCUACCAGUCCGAGGCAUUCGAUCCGGGGUUGGUGUUAUACCUCUACGAGUCGCCGCCGGGCUACUGUUUAAUCGCCCUUAAAUUGAUCGCCUGGUUCGUGUUCGUCACUCGCUGCUUCAAGACCAUCCGAAAGUUACAUACGAAGCUCCGCUUCUACUCUUCACUGCUCAUCUUGGGAUCGGUGUGGUUCCUCUUUCAUCCAAUAACGAUACUAAUCAACACCAUGUUCGUGGACGACUGGGUGAGAGAGAGCAUGGCCAAAGCGAGUUCCAUUUUCAUCGUCUUCGUGGGUCACAUAAUGUUUUUAUAUGUAACUCGACCAUCUGUGAACAAUAAACGUUUUCCAUUUCACAUUAGGACGUUCCAGGUUGUGCCCAUAGGUGGUCGCGGGCAGGAUCACGGCUACGAGCCCGGCCCUCGAACGGCAGCUACCGCAUUUACUAUCUCACGGACACCAGCUUACUUCUAGUCAGUCACGACAAGUGUAGAUAGAUGAGGAAAACUAGCAAGUAGGAACGUGCAACCACUGGUGGAGUGCGCUAACUCGUCAAAGCGAUUGUCGACGUGAAGCGAUGGAUGGCUAUUGAAAAAAGGAAAAAGAAAUUUUGUAAUCAGUAUAUUUUUUUACUAUACAUGACGCGAUGCAACGAACGUGCACGUAUGCGCGUUGUACCUAUCGAGGUGGAAAUCCCAAUUCAGAUAGAAUGUUACGAAUUAAAUAAUACUGAAUUGCCAUUGGCAAGCGCUUAGUAUGUAAGUAGUUUCGAACCUAUACGACUUUUCUCUUAUCUCACAAAGAUAUUCGUAAUAAAGCGCAUGAUGCAAUUUCA